CAUCCUACAUUGAAGCAACGUAGGAACCUGCCGGGUAAAGUCCGGACUCCGGACACCAAAAACGAAUCAAAUUUUGUUAACCCGCACUCUCCAUUUUCAUUUCUCGAACUCUCUCGAACUGCUCUUUCUCUCUCCCACCCAUCCACCACUACUGCAACCAACCGCCGUUCGUUCGUCCGCUGCAACGACCGGAAUCUUUCCACCACUUUUGUUCCUCACCGGAGACCACUCUCGACCGUCGCUCGUUCUUCCCACCGGAGACCACACUCAACCCUCUCCUCUGCAACGCCGCCACAACCGCGCAUUCUCACACUACUGGAAGAAACAGGGAGCUGGUAUCUAUUGACCCUUGAGUGAUUUUUGUCUGAGCAUCUGGUCAAAGGAGAGGGGAAGUAUGGCAACAGAAUCAUCAGAGGGGGAGGAGGAAGGGAAGGCAAUAGGCGGGAACCAGCAUCUGGUGGUGGACGAUGACCUCAGAGAGAUGGCUAAGAAGGCUGCCUGGAGCGUUAGUUCUUGCAAGACCGGCAAUGGCGUCCAAUUCCUCCGUGAUGACAACCUUGAUACCUACUGGCAAUCAGAUGGUGCACAGCCUCAUUUAGUAAAUAUCCAAUUCCAGAAGAAAGUGAAAUUGCAACUGGUUGUCCUUUAUGUGGAUUUCAAGCUUGACGAGAGUUACACGCCCAGCAAGAUCUCCAUUCGGGCUGGUGAUGGCUUUCACAACUUGAAGGAGAUAAAAACUGUGGAGCUUGUGAAGCCAAUCGGUUGGGUAUACGUAUCAUUAUCUGGAGCAGAUCCUCGAGAAGCAUUUCUCAACACCUUCAUGCUACAAAUUGCCGUUCUGUCCAAUCACCUUAAUGGGAGGGAUACCCAUGUGCGCCAGAUCAAAGUUUAUGGGCCUCGUCCGAACCCAAUUCCUCACCAACCGUUUCAGUUUACUUCAAGGGAGUUCAUAACAUACUCCUGUGUGAGAUGAUAAAUGCUGUCAUGCUUACUGAGAUCAGCUUAAAGUGGAAUGUAUUGCCAAAUGCCAAGAGUACAGAAAACAGCAUCCCAGUCAGACUGCCCAGGAUUCACGAGAAGAUUCUGGCAGUCUUUUUGAGGUUCUUAUGUUUUUAGAACUUUUGUCCUGCUUGGUUUUUGAAAGGACUUAUCUUUCCUAGCUGGAAAUAUGGCAUCCAUGUCUCCUGAAUAUAAUAGUGAUCAGUUACCCUUUGCUUUGCCAAUAUCCAUUGAAGAAAGGAUACAGAAAAGCAUUAUUGAUCUGUUUUUGCAUGA